AUGCCCAAACUCCCCAAACUCCCCCAAAAGUUCCCAAACCUCCUCGAACAUCCGGUCUCCUCCACUUUCUUCUUCCUCCUCGUCACUUUUCUUCCACUUCUCUUCUUUCUUUCUCCCCACUUCUGCAUUUCUCCCCGUGCGAUCUCUUUUCGCCACCUCAAUCCCUUCCCCGAACCCCCGUCACCCCAGCCCAUCGUGUUCUUUUAG